UCUUGAAUUGCCGGCUCUCGCGUGUUUCCCGUCGGAGCGGAGUUGCGUCAACGCGGAGCUUUUUCGCGUGUUGUACGUUGUUUCCGUGGUGGAUUUUCUGAUCAGUGGUACUGGGUACCCGCAUUUGUGUACUGUGUUUUUCGAAGUGUUUGCGUUACGGGAGUGGUGGUUCCGGUGUUUAAUGGAUUAACCGGAUUCCGUCUCAUCAGUGGUAACCAAAACCUUCUUCUAAACGUGGCAAGGAAACCGAAAUGUUUAUGAAGUGUGUUAAGUUCCUCAGGAAAUUACGAUUCCAGCGCUACAAAAUAUUCCCCCGCAUCAUCGUGCAACAAAUCGAUUCAUGACUGAAAAUCCGAGGAUCUCAGGGCAAGGCCCAGUGAGGAUGCUGAUCCAAAACCUAGUGCACGUCCAAGGCGAACCUUAGUUUCGAUAUCGCGAAGUUUCCCGUGUGACGUCAUCAUGUUCCCACCGAGUGACGAAGUCCGGGCGCCGAAGCUGUACUCGCCGAGCGACAGCUUCAAGUCGCCGACCUCCUUCAUCAACGGCUUCCAGCCGUGCGUCAACCACUUCAACUUCCACAACGAGAGCGAUGCCAACAACAUCGACCGCAACGGAACGUACGUCGUCAAACAUGUGAACGGCGACGCCAACGACGUUACCAACAAGAACGUGUUCUUCAGGAACGGACAUGACGUCAACAAAAACGGUGAUAGGAAGAAUAAAUCGGGGGAGACGACCCCCGAUGUCUGCAACCGGAACGGGUUCUUCGGGAACCGGAACUGUGUUUUCGGGAGGAGCCCGGAGGUUAACAACAAGAAUAUCAAGUCACCGACGUCCAACUUCUCCUUGCGCUCGCCGAUCUCCAACACGCUGUUCCUGAACCUCCUCAACCGGAACAACUCGGCCGGGAUGAAGAACAAGGUGGUGGAGAAGAAGAACUGCAACAAUAUCAACAGAAGCGCCACUGUUGGCAGGCCUGUCAACUACAACUGCAGCAGGCGCUACGCUGAGGUCGGGCGCUGGAAAAACAGAGGCGAUGCCUUUCUGGAGCCGUACAUGCAGGGGCUGGGCAUCAACGACAUGCACGUCCCGGCGCCACUCCCGGGGCCGACGGCUAUGGUGAAGCGCCGCUCCCUGGACAGGGACCCGGAGACCUCGUGCUCCGACGUGGAGCCCCCGCGGAGUCGCACCUCCUCCCUCGGGGCCGACCCCCUCGACUCCUCGGCCUCCGCCUCCGCCCGCACCCCGCCCGAGUUCCGCCUCAUCCGCCUCCACAACAGCUCCAGCCAGAACACGCUCAAUGAGGUGACGAGUUGCGAUUCAUCGAUCGUCAGCAGUGACGUAGAUGACGACGAAGCGGACGGAGAAGGCGACGGAGACAACGAUGAAGAGACCCCGUGUGACAUCACGCUCCUCGAGAGGCUCAUCCGGAGUCACCCGGUCUGGUUUCUGCCCGGGAUUCAAAGAGCCGGUGCCUUCCACCUCCUUCAAGGCAAAGAGGAUGGGAAUUUCGUGGUGCGGCAGUCGAGUCAAAGCGGGACGAUGGCAAUUUCGGUGAGGCUGCCGCCGGGCAAGGGGCCCUACAUCGAGCACUACCUCAUCCAAUCCACCGAGGACGGGAAGAUGGGCCUUGAAAGCUCGGACAACCGCUUCGAAUCCAUACCCGCUCUCAUCGCCCACUACUCUCAGUGCUGUGAUGAGUUACCAGUUCAACUUACCUUGCCACAGACCAUCAGAGAGGCGAAAAAUCGACAGCAGUUAUCCUCUCUCGCUCUCCUAGGUCAGGAAUUCUGGCGCUAUCCCAUGGCAAAUCCUAAACCUGAAAUUAUGACAUCUCCAGAGCCUGUCUCAUCAAAAAGUCCCCCUCCAAAUUUGGAAUUGGGUCCGCAGCACUCUAUUACCAGCUGCGAAUCCAAUAGUCAUAGUCAUUCUAGUAGUUUAAGCAGUAUCGGAAGCGGCAACAAUAAUCAUUUGAGUAGCAGCCCCACACUGGAUCAACACCAUGAAUCAGUUGUACUUAACUUGUCGCCUCUAUCUGAUCAGUCGCAACCAAAUAGUUUAAUGUCGACAUUCAAAGGUUCUCCACCUUCUUCUGAAAGAAUGUUAGCUGUAAGCGCCUCCUCUCCAGUAUCAUCAUCACAAAACAGUAUUGCCCUACCCCUACCAUCGAGAGCUCCUCGACCUACUCCACCAAAUACUCUAAACCUCAUAUCGUGUUCCAGUAGUAUGUUUUCAGGUUCCAAGUCAAUUAGCAAUAAUUUUUUAGCUCAAAGUACAAAAACACCACCUCCUCCACCGCCUAGAUGGGCCAAGCCAACAAUAACAACCCUCACUCAGCAAAGCUUUAGUGUUACCACAACUUUGACGUUCAAUGUGAAUAGUCAAACUUCACCAGCAUCAUCACCAAACAAUGAAGUACACUCGUUGCAAGCUGGACCACUUGAUUGCGAAAGUUUACCUUCACUGCAUUCUCUUCAAAGUACGCUAGGUCACAAGCCAGUGCACAAGCAGUCUCAAGACAACCAAAUACUGUCUCCAAUGUCAGACACAGGUGGUGCGAAGCACCAUCAUCAUCGUCGCAGCAAGCGCCACAAGCAGUCUCGACAUUAUCAAGAAUCAGAUAUCCUUGAAUCUCCUACAGUUUAUUACCGUAGCUCAGUUGCGGACAAGUCUAGCGACUAUGAAGACAUCUGGGGAGAAAAAGAAGGUGCUCUCUCUACCUUCAAACCUAUGCCACCGAUCAAAUCUGGACCGUUCACGCCGAUGAGUGAACCAACACCAGUGUUAGAUCAGAAACUUAUUUCACCUCCUCCUGACAUCAUAGGAAAUACUCAAGAUGUGAUUUCAGGCAGCUUAACACGAAAUAAGCUGGGUCUUGUCAUCAAUACCUCCUCUGCAGCCUCCUCGCCUGUUAGCUCCCCAGUCACCAAGGAGCCACAAACGCCUGUUAGCGAAGAAGCAGCUACACCAGAUCAGACUAAUGCGGAAACUCCCAAACAAGGAAGUCCCUUUUACAUGGAGCCAGCUGAUGCAAUUAAGCAGGCAGCAAUGCUUCGAAGGAGACCCAGGCCCCCCUCAAAUCACCUUCCUUCAUCAAAGCAUCGUCACUCAGAUCCUCCUGCACUUCACCAAUGGCCUUCAGUCAUUGCAGCCGGAGGGAAUCUGGAAAGGAUUGAGUCCAAGGAGGAAAUCCCUAAUCUCUCAUCAUCUGUUGAUAAUCUUGCUAUGCUGAGACAUUCUCGAAGGGGCGCCAACUGCGAUAGAGCAAAACCAAAACCAGUACAGCCGCCUAGGGUUCUGUCUGGACCAGCUGCAAAGAAAAAAAUGGGAGAUACUUCCUGGACUGUGGACUCCAGCUGGGAAUUUAUCGGUAAUGACGAUGAGGCAGCAGAAAAAGAUGAAGCAAAGGAGGCAAAGUUCCCACCUGUAGAUCAAGUGCCAAAAGAAGAGGAAGCGUUAAGUCCUAGUCCCCAAGGCCUAACUUUCCAAGAAAUUAUUGCUCAAAGGUUUCCAGAACUGCGGGUUCUAUCCCAGUGUAAGUCUGGCCAGUCAUCCUUAAGAAGUAUCACGUCUCCCAUUCGACCGCAGGAUUCUUUUGAAAGUGUCAACUUGCGUGUAUCGGCAUAUGAUAACGUUGUCGGAUGUAUCAAUGGACAGCAACCCAACGGUUCUUCUAAUCAAUCUCAAAUUAGUGAUAAUGAUGAUGCACAAACUAUUUUCUCUGAGCCAUGGGACAGUUCAAGAUGGGAAAAUUUAUUGCAGAAAGGUGCUCAGAAUAAUGCCAACACUAUUUCUAGGAAUAAGAGUUUCAAGGAACGGCUAGAUCCUCUCCUCUCUCCACCACGGCUGCAAGCGCUGGUGAAAACUCGAGAGGCCGGCGGGCGAGGCUCCGGGGCGGCGAUCCGCUCGUACGCGCUCCAUCUGGCGGCGGACAAGAGCACGACGUUCGCGCAGAACAUCGACAACUUCAUCGCGUGCACGCGCGACUCCCGUGAGCAGCGCCCGCAGGUCGUCAUGCGUAACAUGAGACAGUUCAUGUCCGGCAUGAAGAACUACCUCGUCAAGCACGGCGAACGCGAGUUCGAGAAGUGCGUCGAAAGAGAGCGCUCAAAGUUGCGCCCAAACGAAUUCCUCAAUUUAGAUGCAAUUCUUGAAGGCGUUAUGCAUAGGCUAGUCGUACGACCUCUGAAAGAGCACCUGUAUUAUUUAUUUGUCAAUGAAUAUUCUGAUAAUGGAGCCAUUCAACUACUUGCAGAUAAUAUUCAAUAUGCUAGAACCAAAUCGCUCAGUGAUCUAGGAAUAAGGGCAAAAAUCAUACCACCGUCUGAUGCUGAUUUAGAAACAAUUUUCCAAUACCUAAAAAGGCUCCAAGUUGUUGAUUCACCUCUGGAAAAAUUAGAAAAUUUACUCUCUUGUAUCUCAGCUAUUUUCAACUCCGUGAAAUACUCCUCGCCAGAGAACGGUGAGCCAGUAGUUUUGGGAGCAGACGAUUUCCUACCCCUGUUUGUCUGGGUACUAGUCCAGUCUGGAAUGGUAGCAGCAGAGAUAGAAGCAGAGUAUAUGUGGGGUUUGCUUCAUCCCUCCCUUUUGUCUGGGGAAGGUGGAUAUUACCUCACAACUCUAUCCAGUGCUGUUCAUGUCCUUAAAAACUUCACAACUUGCUCAGAGGAAAAGCAUUCUGGAGCACCUCUUGACUGGGGUAUCGGACCUCUUUCUGAAUUCCGAUCAGUGCUGAGGAUAGUAGUUCCUGAUGAGAGCAACGGAUCGUUGUUGACAAAAACCUUGCCAGUGCGACCAAAUAUGACAACAAAAGAUGUUUGUAAAAUCAUCGCUCACAAGGCGCGCAUAACAAAUCCUGAGGAUUAUGGCCUGUUCAAAUUGGUCAAUGGAGAAGAGACCUUACUGAAGGAUGACGAGUGUCCACAAGAUAUCAAGGGAGCUGUGACUGCGUCAGGAAAACACUGCAUGUUUGCUUACAAACGAAUGGACGCCAAAAUUGCCUGGCCAAAAGCAACACCAUCCGAGUGAAAACAUUCCAUUUAAUUUACGAUAGUCACUCAUACUCUGUUUUUUUUCUCUUUUUUUUCUUUUCCUUUUUUUCACUCCUCCGUUUUUCUCAUGAGAGCAUAUACGUAUAUUUUUUGACUGUGUUAAUUUAUUUUUAAGUCUCUUGUUCCUUUUCAAAAUCCUUUUUGGAAAACUAUUUCAUCUUAUUUUGCAUCCAAUCUUACAUCUUGAGUUAACUAAAUCAGUCAUAAUAUUGAUUUUAACUAUGACCUAUAAUGGAAUCAAUAUUUAGCUGUAAAUAAGUUGUAAAUAGGCAAACUUUUAUUAGUCAAAACUAUGAUCAAAAAGUACCUUGUGUAACGAGUUAUUUUUUUUUUAAAUUUUUUUUUUUUCUUGUAAAAUUUUACAACUUCUUUCUGACUGAAAAAUUGUUUUGUUUUUAAUUCCUCAUCUUUUACUGAAAAUAAAAGUAACUUUCUUUCAAGUACUAUUUAUUUAAUGUAUGAAUUUCAUUGAUCAUCCACUCAAGUUUUACCAGUAUAACUUAUUUAAGUAAGAAUUACGCAUGAAAUUUACUAUUUUAAAACAUUUUCAAGAUUCCUCUUCUAUGGCUGUUUCUUGUAGGCUGAUCACAAAUUUCUACUCUGCUCAAGGCAGUCUCAAUGGAACUUAUAAUCAAGUGACGUAAUUUGCUGUACCAUGUCAAAACUUCAAGAAUCAUGAAAUUUUUGAUGAGUUUGUUGAAAGCAAAAUUUUACACAGAGGCAAUCAAAAUUUUGUAUCAACAAAUCAAAUGACAAGAUACAAACAUUAAAUCGUACCUUUCACUUUCAGUCUAGUCUUGACUGAGUCUCAUUUUAAAGACAAUAUCUUAAAGAUCAGCUUGCCUACAAAACUUUUUGUUCAGUCACUACUUGCCAUGUUUAAUCUUGAUAAUAUAGUUUGAAAUUAUUUGAUGAAUGUGGUACCGAGUAUAUCUUCAACCACAAAUUUUAGUAAAUACAUUUAAAAAAAAGAAAACAUAAACAAAUUUGAAUUUUUUGCCAUUAUUCUAAGCAUUGUGAGAAGGACAAGUCUGAAAAGAAGGUGAAGUUUUUAUCCUCUUAUCCAACUCUGCAAGCAUCUGUAUUUUGUUGUUAUUUAUCAUGGACAUUCCUUUUAACUUCAUUAGUUUCAUUUCACAAAAAUAUUACCAACUUCAAAAAAGUUCUCCCAUUGUCAGAGAGACAAUAUUGAAAAAAAUCACUGUUCUCAUAUGUCAGCCUUGGCCUCUUCAACAUCUAAGGUCCCAUUUGUACGGAACUAAUUAAAUCUAAUUGUCUCACUUUCAUGUGUUGAAUAGAAAUAUUCAUGAAAAGUUCAAUUUUUAAAGAAAAAUUUUUUUGGAACCAUUAAGAUGGUAGUCUGUAUUACUUUACUGGUGUGGUAAAGAAAACCUAUCCUGAAUUUCAUGUGAAACCCUGAACUACCAGAUGUGACUUUAGGAAACUUGCAGAAUCAAGGGAAUAAUUCAUUUUAGAGUAGCUGCGGAAAUGUCACUUGUCCAUCCGUUUCAGUGCCAAUGUAUUUCAACAGUUCCUUUCUAUAUUGUUUUAUGGCGCAAAAAGAAAUGUUACUUUAGUGGAUAAGUGGAGUCUGUGUUGCAGAGCUCUGCUUUCUCCUUGCCUUAGCUAACAGAAAAAAUCAUUUUCUGAUUGCCUACUUAAAGUUGGACUUUUCAAUGAUAGGUAUUUGUAUCCAAAAUAAUAACAACCGCAUAGCAAGACCGUAAAAAAUGAUCCUAUUCUUAAGUCAGAGAUAAUUUCUAUCCCUCUGAUACAACAGCGUGAUCAUAGAAAUGCCGAUGUGUUUUGUUUCAAUUAGACACUUAGCAAUCAAAUCAACUAAGAGAAAAGUUCCAACACAUCAAUAUGCAAAAAUCUCAAAACUGAUGAUCUAUAAUGUUCUUACUGACUUUUUUUCUCUACAACAUUGAAUACCUAUCAAGAAGCUAAUGAGGCAUCCUACUCACACUCAGACUUAGUACUUUUUAGUUUGCCAGUCAGAGCAAAGGAAGUUCAUAAAACUUAAUUUUGGAGAAAAGGCAAAAUUUUACUUUUCAUUCGAGGAAAAAUAAUCACUUUUUGUCUAACUCACAGCAACAUCAAGUACCUACCAGGAAAAUUUAAAUAUACCUUCUUAUAAAAAAUCAAAUACUUAAAGGAUGCAGGUAUUUGAGACAAACAAUUUAUGCACUAAUUCAAUCAAUUUCUAAUUGUUUUCCUCUCAAAAUGUUUUGAUUUAGUCCAAAGCAAUGCCCCUUUGUGUGUUAAGCCACAUUAUAAUUUGUAAGUACAUACUAUGUAUUCAUCAUCAAUGUAAAGUGAUUUUUUGUUAUUUUUAUAACUCUACUACCUAGUCAUUUCACUCACAAUUUUAUACUGAUUUUGUCUCAAAAAAAUUGUAAACAUUGCUGUACCAUUUUCUUGCUUCCAAAGUGGAUUCCAAGUGGUUUUAAUCAGUCUAUUUUGCAUCUGUAUUAAUUUUAUACUCAAAAUUAACAGAUAAAAAUUUGUUUUUAACCAUUAAA